GAUUAUUUUAAUCAACUAGGAAGCAUUGAUAUUAUUAACUCUACACUGGGCAAAGCUUUAGGUGGAGCAGCAGGUGGUUACACAACUGGUAAAAAGGAACUCAUUGAUUUAUUAAGGCAGCGUAGCAGACCAUAUUUAUUUUCCAAUUCAUUACCACCCCCUGUAGUUGCAUCAGCAAGUAAGGUCAUGGAUUUAAUAAUAAACUCUACAGAAAUUUUGGAUCGUUUAAAAAGUAACACUAAUCUAUUUAGAAGUAAUAUGAAAAAAGCUGGUUUUACAAUUAGUGGUGAUAAUCAUCCUAUCUGUCCUAUUAUGAUAGGAGAUGCAAGAUUGACCACAGAAUUUGCUGAUAAAAUGAUGGAACAAGGAAUUUAUGUCACUGGUUUUAGUUACCCUGUAGUACCAAAAGGUAAAGCACGAAUACGCGUUCAAAUCAGUGCUGCACAUUCACAAAAUGACAUAGAACAUGCUAUAAAUGCAUUUGUAUAUAAUGCGAGAAAACUAAAAAUUAUUAAAUGA